GGCGUGUUCGGGAUGAUGCAGGACUGCUGGACUCAUUGUGGGGAUUCACUGGGGUUAUUCACUGUGGUGAGACGCAGCGGGGAAGCUACACUGUCGGUUCACAACAGCCUCUCUGUCUUUUGCAAAGAUGCAGACCUGGGUUGUGAUCUGUUGGGCUAUCCUUGCCCUGGUUGGUGCAGAUGAGUGUCCUGAUGGAGGCAGAUGUGUAGAGGGUCAAACCUGCUGCAGCAGCCCAACUAAUGGCUAUGGAUGUUGCCAGUUUGAUCAGGCUGAAUGCUGCGAGGAUCACAUCCACUGCUGUCCAGCAGAAAUGCUUUGCAGCCCAGAAACGUCCAGCUGUGUGAACGCCACUCUCUCCAUGCCAUGGGUGGAAAGGACCUCUGCUCAUCAACCCACAGUCUCCAAAUCCUUCAGGAUGAUCAAGUCGUACUCGGGCGAAGACGACGAUAACAUCUGUCCCGAUGAGUCACGCUGCCCCGCUGAGUUCUCCUGCCUGAAGGCUUUGACAAGGUUUGGAUGCUGCCCCUUAGCAAAGGGAAUCUCCUGCUCUGAUGGGAAGCACUGCUGUCCUGAGGGCCACCAGUGCACCAUGGACAGCCGCUCUUGCAUCAAAAAAGAACUUGUAACGGCAGUUGUGUGCAACGACGGCGUGUCGGAGUGCCCGGAUGAAACGACCUGCUGCGAAACCCCAGAGGGAAAGUGGGCGUGCUGCCCGAUGCCGAAGGCUGUGUGCUGCAGUGAUAAGCAACACUGCUGCCCUGAAGGGACGAUAUGCAACAUCGAACAAAUGAAAUGCACUUCCACAUCUACCAAAAAACAGCUGCCAAUGUGGGCCAAGUUCCCCGCCAGGCUAAGAGCCGACUGGGAGAACCAGAAAGAAGAUGAAAAAAUUAGUGCAGAGGCAGCAGAGGCGGGCGAAACAGAAACAUCCACCGAGGUCUCCACAGCCAAUCCAGUUCCUUCUCUGGAAGAGGAAGUGACUCUGUCAUCUGUUGCUAAGGAAGAUACAGCCAACAAUGUGCCUUGUAAUGAAACAGCAGCCUGUCCUGAUGGUUCCACCUGCUGUAAGACCAAGGAGGGUGACUGGGCCUGCUGUCCCUUUGCAGAGGCUGUUUGCUGUGAAGACUUUAUACAUUGCUGUCCAAAAGGUAAGAAGUGUAACCUGGCAGAACAGUCCUGCGAUGAUCCUACAAACUCUGUCCCCUGGUUGGAGAAGAUACCUGCAACCUCCAGACCAGCCAUGCAGGUGAAGAAUGUCCCAUGUGACGACACCGUCUCUUGUCCUGAUGGUUCCACCUGCUGUAAGACCAAGGAGGGUGACUGGGCCUGCUGUCCCUUUGCAGAGGCUGUUUGCUGUGAAGACUUUAUACAUUGCUGUCCAAAAGGUAAGAAGUGUAACCUGGCAGAACAGUCCUGCGAUGAUCCUACAAACUCUGUCCCCUGGUUGGAGAAGAUACCUGCAACCUCCAGACCAGCCAUGCAGGUGAAGAAUGUCCCAUGUGACGACACCGUCUCUUGUCCUGAUGGUUCCACCUGCUGUAAGACCAAGGAGGGAACUUGGGCCUGCUGUCCUUUACCUAAGGCGGUCUGCUGUGACGACCACCAGCACUGCUGCCCUGAAGGCACCACCUGUGACCCGACCAGCACCAGCUGUGUCCAAGCUUCAGGCUCAACGCCCUUCAUCCACAGGACUCCCAUGCUGGCCACCACACAACCCACAGCACUGGAGACAACAACGCAGAGCCUGACCACUACAGAACCCACGGCAGUGGAAACAACGCAGAGCCUGGUGACAAGCCCACCAGAGGCCGACGAAGAGGGAGAGCUUCCUCCACAAGAGACAGACGAUGAAGAGGAGGAGGAGAAGGGCAGCAGUGAGGUGGAGGACAGGAAUCAGUGUGACGAGCAGACCAGCUGCCCUCAGGAAACAACUUGCUGCUUCAUGUCUUCGUCUAAAAAGUGGGGCUGCUGCCCGCUGCCGAAGGCUGUGUGCUGUGCCGAUGGCAACCACUGCUGCCCCGAAAACUACCAAUGCAACGAGGACAAGACGACGUGCAUCAAAGGAGAAGUGGAGAUCCCGUGGUACACCAAACUCCCGGCCAUCAGCGGCGGCCGGGCCGCUGACAGCAGCGUGGGAUGCGACGAGGACAACCAGUGUCCAGAGCGCACCUCCUGCUGCAGGCUGUUCACGGGCGAGUGGGGCUGCUGCCCGCUGCAAAACGCUGUGUGCUGCUCAGAUAAGGAGCACUGCUGCCCUCAGGGUUACACCUGCAACGUUCUCUCUCAGAGCUGCCAGAAGGUCAUCAUGCUGCAGCUGGAGACCCUCCCACUCACACCGGUGUAUCUGCCUGAGUACCAUCUUCAGCUGGCUCCGUUAAAACACAAAGACGUCCAGUGUGACGAGCAGACCAAAUGCCCGGACGGCGAUACCUGCUGCAAGACAUCCUCCACCACCUGGGGCUGCUGUCCUUCUCCUAAUGCGGUGUGCUGCAGCGACAUGAAGCACUGCUGCCCCACAGGCUACACCUGCACCGAGGAAGGCUCCUGCAUCCAGAACUCAGGCCUCGACUGGCAGAACUGGAACGUGUUCCUCAACAACAAGAAGAGAGCUCUUAUUCUGUAAAACCAUUAGAUUUAAGUUCAAUAAAAGAAAUGGAUAUCAAAUACAUUUAAUACUUCUUAGAAAAUUGUGCUAAAUGGCGAUGGCGGCGCAGUAAAGCUGUAUUGCACUUGAGGAGGCUGUAAGGAUACGUGGGCUUGGUUAAAAGGUUUCUGUCUGCAUGUUUGCGUGCGAUAGGAAUUUAUUAAUGCUCACUUAGUAAAAUACUUGAACCUCUAUCCUGUCAGGAAGAAAACUGAAACACUCCACAUGCAACACAAAUGUUCUCACUAAAUCAUUGUCAUGAUCUGCUGCGGCUACCUGUUCACAAACUGAAUUUCUUUGUCAAUAAUCAGUCCCAAACCGUAAUGAUUUAUUAAUUAUACAGUUUGAUCUUUUUUCUCCUCACGGUGAAUGAGCAGGAAUAUCUGUGAUUUAACUGUUUAAACAUUAAUAAAGAAUUACAGCAAAAAUAA